UUUGUGUUAUUAUGUGUAUUUUUUUUGGUUUUAUUUUACGUUCAUGAUGUCAUCAAUACUCGCCGUCGCGUCCGAUUGUUCAUUGUACUUUGGAAGUCGAUUGCCUGCUUUGAAUUGGUAGUGCUAAGAAAACAAUCCACUUUUCAUCUCUCUUUGGCCCUAUUGCGUAAAAUAAUCUACUGAAAAGUGUAAAAAAUCUGCGGACACGCCAAGAAUCCGUUCAAUCUCGCUUCUGCUUCAAGUCGCUUGGUUGUACGUGGAAACUUCGAGACCUGCUUAGGUUAGCAUAACCUAGUUUAGCCGCUAACAAAGUGAACAAACAACGCGCUUGGAUCAACAUAACGCCCAGCAAGCAAACAUCAAUUCCCAAAAAUGUCAGAUGUCAGUCAAGAGCAACGCCAGGAGUUUGCUCAGACCAAAGAAGAGGAGGAGGAAGAAGAGUUGUCACACAUCAAGAAGGCAGAGGACGACAAAUUCGUUCACAUUAAAGAGGAGCAACAGGAGUAUUUGAUUAAAGUUGAGAACCCCAACAUUGAGGAGCAGCAGCAACCUUAUGCCCUUAAAAAGGAGGACGUGAAAGAGGAGGUCUCCAAGUGGACUGGUGAGCCCUUGAAGGUUGAAAAUGGAGGUCCGAGCAGAGGAGCGGAGCCUCCCAGUGGCAGCAGCAGCAGUUGUUCAAAAGAAGGAUCCCACCUCAUCGCUCAACCAUCAGAGAAUGACGAUGCCACAUCACACUCGCUGUUCUGUUUCAGCGAAUAUCUUGGUCCUGAGCGGCAGGAACCAAAAUCUCCUGGCGUUGAAGAGGAUGUUGAGCCCCCCCGAAUCAAAGAGGAGGAGCCAGAGCCCUGUCAAGAGGAGGAUGGUAUCAACAAGUGGACUGAUGUCAGUCAAGAGCAACGCCUGGAGUUUGCUCACAUCAAAGAAGAAGAGGAGGAAGAGUUGUCCCACAUCAAAAAGGAGGACGACGACGAAUUCGUCCACAUUAAAGAGGAGCAAGAGAAGUAUUUGAUUAAAGUUGAGAACCCCCACAUCAAGGAGCAGCAGCAACCUCAUCCACAUAAAAUGGAGAAUGAGGACCCUCCAUUUGUUAAAGUGGACGACAUCUUCAAGUGGACUAGGGAGGGUACGAGUGAGGCCACCGGAGGGGCGGAACCUCCCAUUGACAGCAACAGUUGUUCAAGAGAAGCAGACGACCUCAUUGCUCAACCAUCAGAGAGUGACGACGCCACCACACACUCGCUGUUAUGCUUUAGCAAGUAUCUUGGUCCUGAGCGGCAGGAGCCAGAAUCUGCCUGCGUUAAAGAGGAUGUUGAGCCCCCCCAAAUCAAGGAGAAGGGUCCAGAGCCCUGUCAACAGGAGGAAGGUAACAAAAGGGGAACCGGUGAGCCCUUGAAGACUGAAGACGAUCUGAGCGAAAGCCGCAGCAGCUCAACAGAAGCAGGCAUUUUAUGCGCUCCACCAGAUAGAAAUGGCGCCACGUCACACUCGUCUUACAACGAUGACGGUCAUAAGAAAUCUCACCGUGACGACGAACACUGCAAAUGCUCUCAGUGCGGGAAAACCUUUGCUAAUAGCUAUAAUUGUCGUAUACAUAUGAGGUGCCACACUGGCGAAAAACCUUUUGUCUGCUCAGUUUGCGGUCAGAGAUUUGGUCACCAGUCCCACUUAAAAAAACACACAAGAACCCACAGUGGGGUGGGUUUAGUCUGCUCAGUUGGUGGUGAAAGAUUUCGUCUCGAGUCCAUCUUCAAAAUUCAUACAAAAACCCACGCUGAAGAAAAACCUUUUUCCUGCUCAGUUUGUGGUAAAAGAUUUCGUCUCAAGUCCACCUUCAAAAUUCAUUCAAAAACCCACGCUGAAGAAAAACCUUUUUCCUGCUCAGAUUGUGGCAAAAGAUUCCAUAACAAGAGCACUGCAAUAACACACACAAAAACCCACACUGGUGAAAAACCUUGUGUUUGCUCCGUUUGCGGUCAAAGAUUCAGACACGCAAGCGCCUUAAAAGUGCACGUAAGAACCCACACCUUAGAAAAACCUUUUGCCUGCUCAAUUUGUGGUCGAAGUUACACUGAAAACCGAAACUUACGAAACCACAUAAAAACACACACCGGAGAAAAACCUUUUGCCUGCUCAAUUUGUGGUCGACGUUUCAUUGAUAAGCGAGACGUAAAAAGACACAUGAGAUACCACACCGGUGAAAAACCUUUCGCAUGCUCAGUUUGUGGCCAAAAUUUCACCAGCAAGGAAGGCUUAAUACCACACACAAGAAUCCACACUGGUGAAAAACCUUUCGCAUGCUCAGUUUGUGGCCGAAAUUUCACCCACAAGAAAGGCUUUAUAUCACACACAAGAACCCACACUGGUGAAAAACCUUUUGUUUGCUCAAUUUGUGGUCGAGGUUUCGCUGUACAGAAAACGCUACAAGACCACAUGACAACCCACACCAGAGAAAAACCUUUUGCCUGCUCAAUUUGUGGUCGAGGUUUCGCUGUAAAGCAAAAUUUACGAAAGCACAUAAGAAGCCACACCGGAGAAAAACCUUCUGCCUGCUGAGGUGCGGCCAAAGAUUGAUUCACAAGUGCACCUUAACCCUUUAGACCCUGAGCAUUUUUUAGUGAAAUUAGAGGUUGAUUUUUCUGUGAGUAGUUACAAACUAAAUUAGCAGUUCAAACAUGCCUUAUUGUACAUAUUCUUAUUCCUGAAUCACCAAAAGAGGAUGUCAUGAACUUUUCUCCAAAAUAUUUACAUUUUAGAAAGUGUCAUGACCAGUGCAUAGACUUCACUAUCAGUUGACGGGAAACUGGGCUCGGGGACCGAGCACCAUAGGGGGCGUAUUUUCAUUCAAAUAUUUUCAAGACCAUAUGGAUGUACUGUACAUGGCCGUCAAUGCCAUCAAUUACACAUGCAUCAGUCAAAAAAAGUCAAUGUUUGCGCGAUCUUCAAAAUAUAUUUCAUUUCACUCUGCAUAAUAUAAGUCAUUUGUACUUAUUUUUCUGAAUGUAUGUAACUUAUAGCUUUAUUGAUAUAUAAUAAAAGGAAGUGUUUCAAUUAACUUCAAUUUUAAAUGUAUAUCCUAUGUUCUUAAGUAGUUAGAAUUGAGAUUUGGCAUAUAGUAUAUGAGGAAAUGAGGGAAAACAAAAAUUAGGAGAUGGAGGUUGGUGUUAUUGCUGUCUAUGUUAACUUUAAUUUUGCAAAUCAUUGAAAAAAAUACAAUUUUGAAUGAAAUUCAGUUUUUGUGUUCGUUAUAGAAAUAACUGGGCUAAAACAGUUUUCUUUGCAUUUUAAUAGUUUAAGAGGUCCAGGACCUUGAAAUACUUCUUGCGAAGCCACUCCUUUGUUGCCCUGGCUGUGUGUUUGGGAUCAUUGUCAUGCUGAAAGACCCAGCCACGUCUCAUCUUCAAUGUCCUUGCUGAUGGAAGGAGAUUUUCACUCAAAAUCUCUUGAUACAUGGCCCCAUUCAUUCUUUCCCGCACACAGAUCAAUAAUAGGGGUGCCUUUGCAGAAAAACAGCCCCAAAGCAUGAUGUUUCCACCCCUGUGCUUCACAGUGGGUAUGGUGCAAUUCAGUAUUCUUUCUCCUCCAAACAGGAGAACCUGUGUUUCUACCCAAAAGUUCUAUUUUGGUUUCAUCUGACCAUAACACAUUCUCCCAGUCCUCUUCUGGAUCAUCCAAAUGCUCUGUAGUGAACCGCAGACGGGCCUGGACGUGUACUUUCUUCAGCAGGGGGACACGUCUGGCAGUGCAGGAUUUGAGUCCCUGGCGGCGCAUUGUGUUACUGAUAGUAGCCUUUGUUACUGUGGUCCCAGCUCUCUGUAGGUCAUUCACUAGGUCCCCCCGUGUGGUUCUGGGAUUUUUGCUCCCCGUUCUUGUUAUCAUUUUGAUGCCACGGGGUGAGGAGGGAGUUGAAAGUCCGUGUUGGCCAACGACAGCCCCAAAGCAUCACUGCUCUAGAGGAGAUCUGCAUGGAGGAAUGGGUCAAAAUACCAGCAACAGUGUGUGAAAACCUUGUGAAGAGUUACAGAAAAUGUUUGGCCUCUGUUAUUGCCAACAAAGGGUACAUAACAAACUAUUGAGAUUAAAAUAAAAAAAAUCAAACAUUGUGAUAUUCUGGUUGAGGUUUACACAUGUUGACAAUAACAGGCCUCUCUAAUAUUUUCAAGUGGGACAACUUGCACAAUUAGUGGUUGACUAAAUACUUAUUUGCCCCACUGUACAUGGCCGUCAAUGGCAUGAACGUGCAUAGCCUUCAUUGGUAUUUGUGAGCAUGGGCGUCAAUGCACUGUGAAUGCCAUUGGAAAAGAAUGGGAUAUUCGAUCGAAAUGACCAGAAUUUCCAUGCAACUUUUCGAAUUACCUGUUUGCCGAUUUUUUAUUUUAUUUUUUUGGGAGAAAAAAAAUUCAAAAUUAAUCUAGUCCUAAAAAAAUUACCAAAUCACGUAAUUCAGACAUCAAAAAUUCAGAGACGGUAAGGUGUGUAAAAGUUGUAUACAGAAUUUGGGGGGAAAAAACUUACGGUUCCCCCAAAAUUUGCCAAAAACUGUCCCAUUCGUUUGUAAAGGCAAGGUAAGGCAAGGCAAGGCAAAUUUAUUUAUAUAGCACAAUUCAACACAAGGCAAUUCAAAGUGCUUUACAUCACAUGAAGACCAUAAAAAUCACAUUUAAAUCAACACAAAGUAAAAACCAAGACAAAAGAUCGCAUUUAAUCACAGAAUAAAAAUAAAUAAAUAAAAAUAAAACAAAAAUAGAAAUAAAGCAAAAACUACUACUACUAAUAAUCAUUGAAAUCAGCAAUGGAGAUAAGCACAAGAGGAAUAGAAGGCAGGUAGAUUGAAAUAUAUAGACAGGUAUGGAUAUGCAGUGCUAAACAAAAGCGUUUUUAGCCCUGAUUUAAAGGAGCUAACAGUUUGAGCAUACUUCAGACGUUCGGGUAACUUGUUCCAGAGGUGAGGAGCAUAAUAACUAAAUGCUGCCUCACCCUGCUUGGUUCUUGUUCUUGGAACAUGCAGAAGACCCGUUCCAGACGACCUUAGGGGUCUAGAUGUCUCAUAGGAAUCUAACAAGUCAAGCAUGUAUUUUGGUCCAAGGCCAUUAAGUGUUUUGUAGUAUUUUAUAGUCUAUCCUUUGACUCACUGGAAGCCAGUGUAGCGAUUUCAAAACCGGUGUAAUGUGGUCCAGCUUCCUUGUAUUUGUGAGGACUCUGGCUGCAGCAUUCUGUACUAGCUGCAGCUUCCCAACUGAUUUUUUAUCAAGACCUGUAAAUAUACCGUUGCAGUUGUCCAAUCUGCUGAAAACGAAUGCAUGCAUAAGUUUUUCCAUGUCUUGUUGAGUCAGAAGCCCCUUAAUUCUGGUUAUAUUUUUUAGGUGGUAAUAAGCGGAUUUAGUGACGGACUUUAGAUGGCUAUCAAAUUUUAGGUCUGAGUCAAUAAUUACACCAAGGUUUCUGACUUGAUUUGUAGCUGUAAGUGACAUUGUGCUAAGUUGGCUGCUUAUCUUUGACCUUUCCUUUUUUGGCCCAAAAAUGAUCACCUCUGUUUUCUCCACAUUUAACUGGAGAAAAUUCUGGCACAUCCAUUCAUUGAUUUGAUGAAUGCAUUUACUCAGGGAGACUAAGGGACUAUAAUCAUGUGGGGACACAGAAAUGUAUAGUUGUGUGUCAUCUGCAUAGGCGUGAUAAGAGAUGUCAUACUGUUCCAUUAUCUGAGCUAACGGAAGCAUAUAGAUGUUAAAUAAGAGUGGUCCAAGAAUUGACCCUUGAGGGACUCCACACGUGAAUUUGGUUCGUUCUGACUGAUAAUUUCCGAUUGACACAAAGAAAUCCCUAUCAUGUAAAUAGGAUGUGAACCACUGAAGAAUAGUGUCAGUAAGCCCUACCCACUGUUCCAAUCUGCUGAGUAGUAUGUUGUGAUCAACCGUGUCAAAUGCGGCGCUGAGAUCCAAUAGUAGCAGAACAGAUGAUUUGCCUGCAUCGGUAUUCCGACGAAUAUCAUUUAGGACUUUGAUAAGCACAGUCUCGGUGCUGUGUUGUGGCCGAAAUCCAGACUGAAAUGAGUUAAAAAGAUUGUUUUGGAUCAUAAAAGUCUGGAUCUGUUCAAACACAACCCUUUCGAUAAUUUUCCCCAGGAAUGUCAGAUUUGAUAUUGGCCUGUAAUUACUAAUGGUUGAGGCAUCCAGAUUAGGUUUUUUUAGGAGAGGUUUUAUUACUGCAGUUUUUAAAGUCUGAGGAAACUCUCCUGUUUGGAGGGAAGUAUUUAUAAUCUGAAGUAUGUCUGGGGCUACGCAAUGAAAAACAGUUUUGAAAAAGUUUGAAGGAAGGAUGUCAAGGCAGCAUGUUGUGGGCUUUAGUUUCGACACAAUUUCUGUUAAAGUGGCAUAGUCCAAGAGGCUAAACUGUCUAAGAUUGACGUGGGGGACAUGUUGGGAGGCAUUUAGUGUAACAUUUGUUAAUCCGGAGGUGCACACAGUCUGUCUAAUCAUUAGUACUUUGUGUGUAAAGAAUGCUGCGAAAUUAUUACAGGACACCUCAGAUGCCAAUUCCUGAGGUAUUGAUGCUUGUGGGUUUGUCAGUUUGUCAACAACAGAAAAUAGUGUGCGAGUAUUGUUGGUGUUUCUACUAAUGAUCUCUGAAAAAUAUGAUUGUCUAGCAUUUUUCAGUUCCUGGUUGUAUUUGCGAAGACUCUCUUUGUAGAUAUCAUAAAAAACUAGGAGUUUGUUUUUUCGCCAUCUGCGUUCUGCUCGUCUACAAACUUGAAAAAAUAAUACAUUUUAUUUGAAGGCGCCUUUCUGGCACUCCAGGUUGCCAUACAAUUAUUAAAAAAACAAUUAAGCGAAUCAAAGAGUGAAAACAGUAAAAGUAUUUUAGAACGUUUAAGGCAAAUAUAAAAUACUGUGAAAAUAUAUUUUAUUCGUGCUUAUAAAACAUUACUGGUGUGAUACUAUAUUCAUUUCUUAGACAAUACAUCCAGGUGCGUGUGCUGUAUUUCUUUGAACUUCCAAAAUGACACCAGUUGACUGCCUUAUCAAGUUUUGACUCCCUUUCGUCCCAGCUACAGCUUCCAAGGCCGUACCUUACAAUGUCUUCUGUGGAAAGUCCCCAGGUUGAGCUGUAAUAAGUUUCACUUCUGUUUCACAGUAAGGAUCCAGUUUUGAGAAACCACACCGAACAAGGCACUUCCUAAACUGUUGCUAUUCUGAACUAACCAAUCACUGCAUGCCAUGUACUCACUUUCUGCAUAUUCUAUUACUAUGUAUUAUCAUGUGACUUUGUCAAUAAAAGGGCUGCACGAUGGAAAAAGAGUUGGAGAUCGGUCCCCGUGCACGUAAAACUCGAGUGGCUGGAUUUGAAUGUGAACUUUUUCUCCUUGCGACUGUCCUUAGAAUAGAAUACUGGUUGUGUUUUAUUUCCUGACAAAUACCGUAAUUUUCGGACAAUAAGCCGCUACUUUUUUCCUUUAUUUUGAAUCCUACGGUUUAUAAUCCAGAGCGGCUUAUUUGGGUUAAAAGGUAACAUUUUAUAUGACAGCGGCGUCAUAAGACCAUCAUAAUUAUGACAUGACACUAUCAUGGGCAUUACUGAAUGCUUAUGAUAGAUGUCAUUAACUCCAUUUAUGUCCAGCUCGGAUCUUUUACUUCCAUUCAAAAGUGAGAUAAUUUGCCAGAUAAGACUAAAUGACAUCUGUUAUAUGGUGUUAUAUAGCGCUUUUUCACCUUUCAAGGCGCUCAAAGCACUUUACACUAUAUCGCCAUCCACCUACUGGUGACGCAGCACCAGGAGCAAGCCGUAUCUUACGCAAGGAUACUUAGACAUGUUCAUCAGGACGGAGAAUUGAACCCACAACCUCUGGGGGGCAACUACUCUUCCACUGAGCCACGCCACACCCGCAUUCAUUAAUGCUUAUGACAGUGCCAUGUCAUAAUUAUGAUUGACUAAGGACAGUCUUAUGG